GGGAAACUGAGGCUACAAGCAUGGGGGCAAGCGGUGUCCACACUAAACUCCUCAUGUCCCCCCUAAGGGCCACCCCACGGACGUGUUUUACCCCCCAAGGCACCACCCCAGCUCCCUGCUGAGGUAUUUAUAAUGCACUUUGCACCUCCCUGACCCAGCAAAUGGAGUGUGGAGCAUGCUCAGCCCCUGCUCCCGGUGGGGAGAAGAUACCCGGUGGGGUGAGAGCAGGAAGGGGGGAGCUGUGGGAGGCAGUGGGGUCCCCAGAGCCCCCGCACUGAACCAGCUGGUUAAAUGCUCGGCACCUUGGGGCGAGGAAGUUGACAAGAGGCAUCCUCGGUGCCAGGGCAUCUCUCCCUGCAGCAGGGGAUGGCACCAUCACCGUGCCCCAGCGCAUCCCAAACCCGGCAUCUCCCCGUCUGUGGGGUGAGACGGGGGCUUUGCCACCCCCGGCCAUGGGGACACUCCUACCCUGUCCCCUCCUCCCGCCUGACCCCUGCGAGGUGGGAUCCUCCUGAUCCUCCUUUCUGCUCCGGAGCUGCUGCUGCCUCCCGGGGCAGGCCCGGCCCCUCUUCGCCCGGGCUCUCCCCACCUUUAAAGGCUGCCCCUUGGUGCAGCUCCCAGCACCAGGCUGGGAGCAGGAGGGCGCUGGCAGCUCCAUGGAGCCCACCCUUGACCGUGGGCAGCCCUGCCCUGCCCGCAGCCGCUUCUCCCGUUAGCGCUGCCGCAGGGAGAUGCGAACCAGGGACUAAGCCGGGGCCGGGCCGCUGAUGGGGCUGGGACGAAGGGGACAGGACGGAUCUGGAUGCCCCCGAGGUGUAGGAAGUCCCGGGGCUGGAGGAGGAGAGGACCCGGCUUUAGCUCCUGCCCCAUGCUCCAUCCCCGCUGCUGCUCCACUGGUGCCUGGCUCUCACCCGGCUCUGUCCUCGGCCGCCGGAGGAAGGAGGGGACCGGCUGCACCCUGGGGAUGCGCCGGUGGGGAGGGAGGCUCUGAGGCUUGCGGACACCGUUUCAUGCCGUGCCCGGGGGGCUUCGAGGAGCGCCAUGCAGCCCAUCAGCCUGCAGAACCUCUCCAUAUGCUUCCAGCUCCUCAUGUUCUCCUGUCAGACGCAGUACGUGAGGGACCAGGGCGCCGUGAGCGACCAGCUGAGCCGCCGCCAGGUCAGGGAGUACCAGCUCUACAGCCGGACCAGCGGCAAGCACGUCCAGGUCACCGGCAAGCGCAUCACCGCCACCGCCGAGGACGGCAACAAGUUUGCCAAGCUCAUUGUGGAGACGGACACCUUCGGGAGCCGCGUCCGCAUCAAGGGGGCCGAGAGUGAGAAGUACAUCUGCAUGAGCAAGCGGGGCAAGCUCAUUGGGAAACCUAACGGCAAGAGCAAGGACUGCAUCUUCACGGAGAUCGUGCUGGAGAACAACUACACGGCCUUCCAGAACGCGCGCUACGAGGGCUGGUUCAUGGCCUUCACGCGCCGGGGCCGGCCCCGCAAGGCCUCCCGCAGCCGGCAGAACCAGCGCGAGGCUCACUUCAUCAAGCGCCUCUACCGGGGGCAGCUGCCCUUCCCCAACGCCGAGCGCCAGAAGCAGUUCGAGUUCGUGGGCUCGUCCUCCCCCACGCGCCGCACCCGCGCCCGCACGUGAAGCUCCAGUCCCGCAUCCCCCUCCUCGCCCUCACGGACCCGGUCCCCCCCCGCUCCCCCAAAGAUGCUCUAUUUUUACACUCCU